AUGGCUGACAAAAUUAGGUAUACUUUAGAAAAGUUUAUACCAGAUCUCCUGGCUCUCCAAAAAAAGCAGGUAUUCUCUAAAGAUGAAGUCAAAGAUAUCCUCCAUAAAAGAGAGGAAUUUGAAUAUAUGUUAUAGCGUAGAACACAUAAUCUGAGCAACUAUAUGUAAUUGCUAGACUAUGAAUAUGGCUUAGAAAGACUCAGAAGAUAACGAAAUAAGGAACGUUAAAUUAAAAAGAUUACUUCUAGAGAUUAUGCAAUUGUGAAAAGAAUUAUUUAUAUAUGGGAUAGGAUUAUGAAUAAAUACAGAUACAAUAUUGAUUUAUGGAAACAAUAUUUGAGCUUUUGUUACAUUAUUGAAUCCAAGAAACAUUUCUUUAAGGUUAUUACCAAAGCUUUGAAUUUCAAUCCAUUUAAUAUUGAUCUUUGGUUAGCCGGAGCUCUUUUUGAAUUAGAAAAAGCUCAUAAUCCAAUCAAAGCAAGAAAAAUAUUUUACUAAGCUUUAAGAAUCAAUAAUAAAAAUGUAGAAUUAUGGACAAGUUAUUUGGAUUUCGAAUUGAACUAAUUAUAAAUUGGAUAAGAAUAGAAUUAAAGUAUCAAAAAUUCUGAUGGUUUUUUACCAUUAAAUACUGUUGAACCUAUUAUUCAGAUUAAAUCCAAAUAGAUUGAUGGAAUUAAAUAAAUUAUUUAACUAGCAUUAGAAAAUUGUGAUAAUUCUGAGUUAAGAAUAUCAUUUAAAAAGAUUUUAAUAAAUCAUAAUUAAAAUGAUUUAGCUGAGGAAGUUUUUCAAACAUCCUAGUUAGAUAACUCAGAAAAAAUAAAUCAAUUUCUAUUAGAAAAUUUAAAUGAUCCUUUAGUAUUUGAAAAAUUGAAAGAUUUAAAUGUUGAUUAUAAAAAAGAAUUAUUAUAAUUUUUUAGAGAUAAAGCACACUCCUUAGAUAACUUUUGGUAGCUAGCUUUUUCAUAACCAGAAAUUUAACCAAUCCUAUUAGAAGAAAGCAAAAAUAAACCUUUAAAAUUUAAAAUUUAACUACUUUCUCAAGGUCAUUUACAAAUUGAUUAAAUAAACUUAUAAGAAAUUCCAAAAUAAAAAAAUAAAAAAGAAUUACUUGAAAUACUGUUGUUAUUAGUUCAUUUAUACAAUAAAGAGUUUUCAUUUGAUAUUGCAAAAUAAAAUUUAUUAGGAUAGACUGAACUUUUCUAAACAUUUUUAGAUGAAUAUUUUCCAUUAUUAAAUAAUGAAGAACAAUAAUAGCUUCUUAACUGGUUAGAAAAAUAGAAGUAAUUUUGCCCUCUGAAAUACCAUAAAUUAAGAAAACUAGAUUUUGUGUAAUUAAUGAAAUUAACAGAAUAUCAUCCUAAUAUAGAAACAUGGAAAUUUGUUUUAGAAUAAACAAAAUAGCAAUUUCCUUAAAAAAUUACUCAAGUUAUGACAAGCAUUUAAUUUUUAGACCCUUAAAUGAGAAUUAAAUUAUUAAAAUGA